AUGUCUUCCGAUUCAAAUCGAUUUGUUAUUUAUUUCGAUGCCUACUAUUAUCUAUAUUUCGUUAUCGGAGUACUCGCACAGAUGGUUCUUCUUAUUUUAAUCAAAACUAAGAGUCCACCGAGUCUGGAAAGCUUCCGUUACUUUCUGAUAAACACAUGGAUUGUCCAGUUUUCAGUUCUUGUCAUGGCCUUCUUCACACAAUCCAGAUGCCUCCCAAAUUCAACCACCUACGCAGUUCUUCCACGUGGUCCUUGUCGACUAUUCGGACCGAAUGCAUGCUUCGGCGGGUAUCAUGUAUCACUUGCAGUAUCUAUGGGUGUGGCUUUAUCAAUUGCAAAUACAGUACUCUUCCGAUAUCUGCUUUUGAGAUUCCAUGGAUUCCAGAAGAAACAUUAUAUCACUAUGAUAGCUCUUUGUCAUAUUCCUACUGUGUUUCUAGCGACUGUACCGUUUUUCGAUGAGUGGGAUUUCCAGUACGCUCGUUCCUUCACUUACAAAGAACAUCCAACGUAUGACGUAUCCAUCUACGAACCGUUUCCUGGUUUUUCAAACAUUCAAUCAAUUCCAUUUCUAACUGCAACUGGUGUCGUGGCAAUAGGAGCUUAUGUUAUUCCAUUGGGCUCAUUCUUUAUCAUAUUUUCAAUUUCAUCCCUAAUAAAAAGCCAUAAAAGUAUGUCUGAAAGGACAAAAGCUGUAGCCAAGAUGAUGGUAAAAGGACUUGCAUUCCAAACUAUUCUUCCAUUUCUGUCGUAUACACCCAUCGUUUCCUUCUACCUUUAUUCCCAAUUCACGGGCGAGGAAAUGCUGUUAACUGAACACUUUUUGAUGCUUUGUUCCGGAUUUCCAGCACUCUGUGAUCCAUUUAUAUCAUGCUAUUGUAUUCUUCCAUAUCGUCAAUCAAUUUUGAAGUUUAUCUCAAGGAAAACGAGACGAGGAUCGGGAAGCAGCAGGUCGAAAGUGUCUACCAUCUCAGUACGCUCCGUUAAUCUUCACGUAUUCUGA